CCUAAAUGGAUAGCUUCAAAAAAGGCCAUUAUUAACCCUAAAAAUGAAGAUGAGGAGUGCUUAAAGUGGGGUAUCAUCGCUAGCCUACAUCAUGAGGAGAUAGGGAAAAAUCCAAAUAGAAUUUCCCAGAUGAAACCCUAUGUAGACCUAUACAAUUGGGAGGGUAUAGAGUUUCCAACAAGUAUCAAGGAUAUAUCAAAGUUCGAGGAUAAUAACAAGGAGAUUGCGGUGAACGUCCUGUAUAUAGAUGGAAAGAGGAUCAAUAUCCUACGUCGAUCAACGCAUAACGGGCGUGGCAAGCAGGUGAAUCUACUCCUCCUUACAGAUGAUGCCUAUCGAGGCUUCUGGGUAUUUAGACCUCAAAAAAUACCGCAAAAAUGCACUUCUGCCUAAACUGUCUACAGGCUUUUCCGACAAUUGAAUCGAGGGAUAAGCAUUACAGGCACUGCAUCGAUCACGAGGCUGUUAAUAUUACAAUGCCAACAGAGGCCGAAAAAUGGCUAUAUUAUAGGGAUGGCCAGAAACAAUUCAAGGUACCAUUUGCCAUCUAUGCCGACUUUGAAAGUUAAUUAAUACCAAUGGAAGAGGAUGCCAGAGAGACCAAGACCAAGAAGUUAAGCAGGCACGUACCAUCCCGAUGGUGUGCGUGUACCUAUAGCACAUUUGCCUAUGGGGAUGUGCCGGACCCUUUAACUGUAUACAGAGGCGAGAAAUGCGUCACCCGGUUUGUUAACCAUCUGGAGGACGAGGUGAAACGUCUCUAUAAUACCUACCCGCAGAAGGACAUGAAACCCCUAACGGAGAUCCUAAAAAGAGAACAUGACGAGGCAUCGAAAUGUCAUAUCUGCAUGAAGCGCUUCGAUGACGGCAAGAAUAACUAUAAGGUCAGGGACCAUUGCCACUAUACAGGGCUGUACAGGGGUGCCGCGCAUAACAGCUGUAAUUUGAAGUAUAAGAUUCCAAGCCAUAUUCCCAUCAUAUUCCACAAUCUCUCGGGAUACGACGCACACCUGUUUAUCCGAGAACUGGGUGAGAAGUACAACAUGCAGGAAAUCGGUUGCAUAGCCGAAAAAACCGAAAAGUACAUCUCUUUCAACAUCAAAAUUAAGGUACCCCUUGGAGGUAUGGGGUAUGGUGACGGUGAGAAGUACAAAAAGAUUGAGAUUAGGUUUAUCGAUAGCUGUCGAUUUAUGGCACCCUCAAAGGAUAAAUUGGCAAGCAAUCUCAUUGGUAUAAAUACUGCCGGUAUGAAAUGUAAGCAGUGUGUGCAGAUAACUGUCUUGAAUUCCGGAGCAUAGACGCCGAAUACAUGGCAAGCUUUUGGCGUAAAAAUUGCAAUUCGAAUACCACUAAGCAAGUUAACCGGGAUCAGGUGAAGACGAAUGUGCCAUCCAUUGCCAAAUUUAUCGACAAAGAUGAUGUCUUCAGGCUGAUUCUGAGAGAGGGCAAGUACCCCUAUGAAUAUAUGGACAAUUGGCAAAAAUUUGAAGAGUUGGAGCUACCCCCCAAGAAGGCCUUCUACAGUAAACUUAAUAUGAAGGGGAUAAGCGACAAUGACUAUGCAUACGCAAAAGAGGUAUGGGAUGUCAUUACCCCGGGGGGUGAUAACGUCACUAUGGGGAUCAUCAUGACAUAUAUUUGACCAUAGACGUUCUGCUAUUAGCCGACGUCUUCGAGACGUUUCGAGGCGUCUCCUUGGACAAAUACAGCCUUGACCCUGCACACUUCUACAGCGCACUUGGCUUGGCAUGGAAUGCACUCACUGAAAUUUACGAGCAUAAGGUUAGAGGUUCUCACAGAUCCCGAUAUGCUCCUCAUGUUCGAAAAAGGUAUUUGUGGAGGUAUAGUCCAAGCCGUACAUCGUUAUGCCAAAGCAAAUAAUAAGUAUAUGGGAGAUCAAACACAAAGU